UAAUGAGUAGAAAAAUCGAACUUAUCUUAUACAGUUGUACUAUCUAUUUCUAUUACAGUGAGCAAACUAUAAUUUACAAGGGAAAAAGAAAACAAAAGAGAAGGAAUCAAAGCAUCAAAGAAAUGGAAUUGAAUUCUCCACCAAAUUCGUCAUCGUAGGUCUCACUCUCACUCAUUUCCACUCUGUUUAGCGGACUUUCCGAAGCCUCUAUUUCCCACUAAAAAACCCCAUAAAAACCAAAACAGAGCAGAGCAAUCGGAACAGAGUAAGCUGAGAAAACACAGAGAAACCACCGCAAACUAACAAAAAGCAAGUGAGACUGUCUGACCGCGGUUCUGUUUCUGUCACUGAUAGUUGUUAAAAGAAAAAAAAAUGCAGGCGUCAACUUUUACAGUCAAAGGCGGUAUAGGUUUUGGGAUCCAAAAGCGUACAAGGAUUUUGAAUGGUUUUGGGGAAUCUAAAAAACCAAGUUUGGGAUUGAGAAUGACCGAUAGGAGUGCUUGCUGUGGUCUACGCACCAGUUCGACGGCUAUGGAGACUGAGCUCACUGGUGCAAGAGUGGGUGCUUAUGGCAUUUUCAGGUCCUCGGCCAAGCCCAGAUCAGUCAAGGCUCAGGCUACUGAUGGUGAUCUUGAGAAUGUUCCUUUCACUGUGCCUCAGGGCAAAUCUUCUGGGACUGUUUUGCCAUACGUUGGUGUUGCUUGUUUGGGAGCUAUUUUGUUUGGUUACCAUCUUGGGGUGGUAAAUGGUGCUCUUGAGUACCUUGCCAAGGAUCUUGGGAUUGCAGAAAACACUGUAUUACAAGGAUGGGUUGUUAGUGCACUUCUCGCUGGUGCCACUGUUGGUUCAUUUACUGGUGGAGCAUUGGCAGACAAGUUCGGUAGAACAAGGAGUUUUCAAUUAGAUGCCAUCCCACUGACAAUUGGAGCAUUUCUUUGUGUCACAGCCCAGAGUGUACAGACUAUGAUAAUAGGCCGCUUACUUGCUGGCAUAGGAAUUGGUGUCACAUCUGCUAUUGUACCACUUUACAUAUCUGAGAUCUCACCAACUGAAAUUCGUGGUACACUUGGAUCUGUGAACCAGCUAUUUAUAUGCAUUGGGAUUCUUGCAGCUUUGGUGGCUGGAUUACCUUUGGCAGGAAACCCUCUAUGGUGGAGGACAAUGUUUGGUAUUGCAAUUUUACCUUCUAUUUUAUUGGCAUUAGGAAUGGCUGUUUCUCCAGAAAGUCCUCGGUGGCUUUUUCAGCAAGGAAAAAUUGCUGAAGCUGAAAAGUCUAUAAGAACUCUAUUUGGAAAGGAAAGAGUUGCUGAGGUUAUGCAUGAUUUAACAACAGCAACUCAAGGUUCUACAGAACCUGAAGCAGGAUGGUUUGAUCUGUUUAGUAGCCGCUAUCGGAAAGUUGUUAGUGUAGGUGCAGCACUUUUCUUGUUCCAACAAUUGGCUGGGAUAAAUGCUGUGGUAUAUUAUUCUACCUCUGUGUUUCGGAGUGCUGGGAUUGCCUCUGAUGUUGCAGCAAGUGCUCUUGUUGGGACGGCAAAUGUCUUUGGCACAGCUGUUGCAUCCUCCUUGAUGGAUAGGCAGGGAAGGAAAAGUCUUCUCAUCACAAGCUUUUGUGGAAUGGCUGCUUCGAUGUUGUUGCUUUCUCUGUCCUUUACUUGGAAGGUCCUGGCACCAUAUUCUGGCACUCUUGCUGUUCUUGGGACUGUUCUCUAUGUAUUGUCCUUUUCACUUGGUGCUGGUCCUGUGCCUGCUCUUCUUCUACCAGAGAUAUUUGCCUCUAGAAUCAGAGCAAAGGCAGUUGCUUUAUCAUUAGGCAUGCAUUGGAUUUCCAAUUUCGUCAUUGGCCUUUAUUUCCUGAGUGUUGUGACCAAGUUUGGAAUCAGCUCAGUGUAUUUGGGAUUUGCAACUGUCUGUCUUCUUGCUGUCCUGUACAUAGCUGCUAAUGUUGUGGAAACAAAGGGGAGAUCUUUGGAGGAAAUAGAGCGUGCUCUUAACCCUGCAAUUUGAUGAGGAUAUCUUUCUAAAGUGCAUGUUAUCACAAUCUCACUGCAACUCUUGGAUUUUGACCUUGGGGCGGGUGCUCUGGUUCUCCUUUUCCAGGACAUUAUUGCAUUAUCUGCUGGGACUCAAAACCAACUUGUAUAUUGCCCCAAAUUUCACAAUCUUAUGUUUAUUGCUCCACAUUUCGCUAUAUUGAGUUCCUUAAUUGUGACGACAUUUUAGAAUCAGGUUACUGAGGCUAUGUGAUAUAAAAUAAGAAUGUAUUUUGUCA